AUGGAAUUUCUUGGCUACUAUGAGUUCAGUCUGACAGAAAGACAUGGGGGCAAAUCCAUGAUCACCUUGUAGUUUUUCACUGGAUGCCUCAGAAGAGCAGAUGGGAAUAGUGACCAGUGGAUAAGUGAUUUCAAGUGUUCCCAGGUUCAGAUAACUCCAAGAGACAGACCCACACCCCAUUUCAGAGUCAAGAUGGAACUGCUGAAGGGACUGCCAUUGCGCCGCACUUUCCUGGCUGUCAUCCUGAACCUGCUGGCACUCACCCUCUCCACCACAGCCUUGCUGGGCAGUUACUGGUGCACCGGGACCCAGAAGGUACCCAAGCCUUUGUGUGGGAAGAGCAAAGCCUCCCAGUGCAUCGGUGUCCCCAUUCCAUCUGAUGCAGAUGCAAGCAACAUUUCGUCUGAGGACUCAGUGCACUACAGCUGGGAGACUGGAGAUGACCGCUUUGCCUUCAGAUACUUCCACACAGGGAUGUGGCUUUCCUGUGAAGAAAGCAUGGAAGGGCCAGAAGAGAAAUGUCGCAGCUUUAUUGAGCUUUCACCACCAGCAGAGAGAGGAAUCCUGUGGCUGUCACUGGGUUCAGAGAUGCUGUACAUCAGCUUGCUGCUCAUCAGCUUCAUUCUCCUGAUGGUGGAAAUUCUGCAUACUGGCAAUCCUGUCUGUGGGAUGAAGCUCAAUGCUUUUGCUGCUGUCUCCUCAGUGCUGUCAGGUCUUCUUGGGAUGGUGGCACACAUGAUGUACACUCAAGUCUUCCAGGCAACAGUUAAUCUGGGACCGGAGGACUGGAGACCGCACACAUGGGACUAUGGCUGGGCAUUCUACAUGGCCUGGGCCUCCUUUACCUGCUGCAUGGCGUCUGCUGUCACCACUCUCAAUACCUACACCAAGACCAUACUGGAGUUCAAAAGGAACCACAUCAAGGGAUACGAUGAGAGCCUCAAGGAUCAGCCUCAGCACCACCAGUGCUUCAUACAGCAAAUAAGCAGCUACUAUGAGCCCAAAGGCAAGGCCUUCCACUCAGUCUCUGAGGGAGUUGACUUCUACACUGAUCUGCAGCAGAAAAUACUACAGCGGGAACCAGAGCUGGACCUGGAUGAAGUAUUGGGCCAGACAAUCGGGGAGGAUUGCUGUUAG